GUGGCGACAGAGGAGGGUAACAUUUGAAGCGACGAGGAAGAGUCUGUUGUUACUGAUGUUGGCGAGUAAACCGUUAGGAGCGUUCAUCAGUGAUGGCAGGUAGGAGGAGGCUGCUGCCCUGCGUGGGUCUGGGGCUCCUCGCUGUCCUCUGCUGGGUGUGGGUCUCCUUCGCCUCUCUCUCUGGAGACCAGCUCCACCUGGACGUAUUGGAUGUGCCAGACCGAGGAGCCUUUCAGCCACAGAGCGCUUUAUCGGACAUGGAGUUUGCGUCGGUCGCCUCCUACAGAGGACCGGGGAACAGUGACCGCCGCAGCAAAAGGGAGCUGCCCAUUCUCCUGUGGUGGAGCGGGGGACUUUUCCCACAUUUCCCCGGUGACACUGAACGCAUCGACUGCGCCACGUCCUCCUGCUUGGUGACGAGCAAUCGUAAGGUCCAGCUGUACAAGAGGACAGCAUCCAUCAUCUUUUACGGGACAGACUUCAGGGCAUACGAGGCUCCACUUCCUCGCCUGCGCCACCAGACCUGGGCACUUUUCCACGAGGAGUCACCAAUGAACAACUACAUCCUCUCUCACGGACCUGGAAUCCGGCUGUUUAAUUACACGGCCACGUUUCGCAGGGAGUCAGACUACCCCCUGACCCUGCAGUGGCUGCCCUCGCUGGAGUACCUGCUGGAGCCUGUGGCUGUGUCUCUGGAGGAGAAGAACCGCCUCAGGAGGGAGGGCUUGGCUCCAGUUCUUUACAUGCAGUCUCACUGUGACGUGCCGUCAGACAGAGACCGAUACGUUCACGAACUCAUGAAGUACAUCGAGGUGGACUCUUAUGGGAAAUGCUUGAACAACAGGCCCCUACCGGAACACCUGGAGGACACGGCCACCGCUACUGGCGAGGAACCUGGAUUCAUGAAUUUCGUCGCACGCUACAAGUUCCACCUGGCGCUGGAGAAUGGCGUGUGUCCAGAUUACAUGACGGAGAAGCUGUGGCGGCCCCUCCAUCAGGGCUGCGUGCCCGUCUACCGAGGCUCCCCGGUGGUGGCUGACUGGAUGCCCAACGACCACUCUGUCGUAAUUAUAGAUAGCUUUCCCUCUCCCAAAGCUCUCGCUGGCUUUCUCAAGCGUCUGGAUGAGAACGACGAUGAAUACGUUAAAUAUUUAGAGUUCAAGGACCCCAGAAGGAUUACGAACACUCGCUUGCUGGAGGGCUUGGACUCGCGUGAGUGGGGAGUUAACGACAUGAGCAAGCCGAACUACUUAAAUGGAUUUGAAUGUUAUGUUUGUGACCAGGAGAAUGCCCGAUUGGCUGCAGAGAGGGCAUAUAGGAAAGCCCCCCAAAAAACCCAACCUCCUCAGCGUAAAAUGGCCAGCAACUCCCACAUGGGCUGCCCACUGCCCGGCCCAGGGUACGGAGACGUCAAAGACCUGCCUGCAGAUGACGGAUGGUUGCAAAUAUGGCCGCAGGAUUACUGGCAGAGCCUCGACCAGGCCGAGGGGCUGGAGUCCCUGAUAAGACACAACGAGUCGGACCCCUCUCUGCUAUGGAAGCACAUCCAAAACAUAGCUGUGAGCAGAGCCAGAGGGAAACACUGACACAGGCUCGGAAACAAACGGAGCGUGGCGCCCGUCCAGCUCUGCAGGGGGGCCCAUAUUACGAGUCCCCUCUGUUUAAAUGACGGAUUGACUCGUGUUUACACAACUGAGCCAGAAAACCCUUAUAUUUGUGGAUUAUGGCGUCUUACAAAAGUAUCCCAACCCCUGGAGCUUGUUCACAUUUUGUGACAUUCACAACCAAAACCUGAGUGUGUAUUAUCAGGAUUUCAUGUGAAGUUUUUUUUUUUU